GGUAAGAGAGGCUGGGUUUGGGCAGCAGUGGGCUAAUGGGCUGUACUUGAACUCGAAGGUCUUAUGGCGGCGGCGGCGACGUCAUCAGCCCACCCCGAAACUGCACCUUCUGCCCUCUCCUACUACUUGCUUUAAGUGUGCCUUUCCAGCCCUCGAAUGUGCUCUACCAGAUCGGUACCUAGGUACGCAGUCGUCAAGCAACAGACAUUGUGUAAGAACUCAGUGUUGAUGACUUGGCAUUAAGUCUGCAGUGGAAUCUUCGCUUAUUCGUCUGACCGACACCAAGUUUGCUUUGCUUCCGCUUCGACGGAAGGCCCGUACCUCGCCCGAUCGACGCUCGGAUCCCUUCCACGAACACGAGAUCAGCGGCAAUCACCAUGUCUAGGUACCGUUCUGAUCCUCGCUAUUCAGAUGGCAACCUUGCCUACCGCGAUCCGCCGCCUCAGCGAUGGGAUGCCGACCGCUUUGUACGAGAACGAGAGGUUCGUGUGGAACAACAACGACCACCCUAUGCCGAUUACCCACCACCACGCCGCGCACCCGUGUACGAAGAUCAAAGGUAUUACGAGGAAGAGCGAUAUGGCCCUCGAGGUGUUACAGAACGCAGAUAUUUUGAAGAGACCGAUUAUUAUGACCCGCGGGCUCAACGAGGCCAGAUGGUCCCCUAUGCUCCUGAGCGGCCUUCCAGACCAGAAGCGCCCCCCAGACCAGGCAUUAUUCGACGUCAGUCAAGCCUGGACACCUUUGAUCGCCGACCUAUGCGACGCUACGACGACUAUGACGAUGGGUACAAACCUCAAAGAGCGCCGCCUCCACGGGAAUUGAUUCCCGUGCGAGCGCCUUCGCCAAAGCGACAGUAUCCGAGAUAUGAGGAACAAACAUAUGACGAUAUUCGUGUGCAGGAUCCUGAUCGUUAUGGCGACGAUGGGUUUCGAGAGUAUCGUGAACGGGAAUGGGUGACGCAGAGACGAAGAAACAGCAGCCCAUCACCCGACCGCCGCACCGUUAAAUCGGAGGUCAUCGAGAAAGAGGAGAUCAGGGAAGUCAAAGAAGAAAAGCCUUACCCUCGCCGCGGAAAGACGCGAAUGCCCAAGCGACUUGUUCAGACCAAAGUACUUUACGACCUGGGUUACCCCUACUACGAAGAGGACGAACGUACCAUCAUCAUCGAAAAAGCAUUAGGUCCAGAUAAUAUCGACGAGAUUUUUGCCAAGAGCAGGGAGUAUCGGGAGCGAGAUGUCACGACUACUCGACUGAUUGAAGCUACUCCCACCGAGGCAGCCUCAGCGAGAUCACGAGCGCCCAGUAUGCGUGGCGAUGUGGUCAUCGAGAAGACCGAGAAGAUUGAGCAAUUCAAGACUGUGCCCUUGUCGGAAGCUCCUCGAUCAGUCCGCGAUUGGGACGCUCUGUCAGUUCGUUCCCCUCGUUCCCCAUCCCCCAAGUCAGUCCGAUCCCACUCUAGAAGAAGAUCGAGACGCGAAUCGUCCCCUGGCGUCUUCAGGGAGACGGUUUUCGAAAAGAAGGAGGUGAUCAAGGAGGUUUCUCCAGCACGAACGCAGAAAUCCAGCACUACUCGACGCAGAGGAUCUUCUGUCAGCGAUGAGACAGUCAUUGAGCGUAAGGUCUAUAAGGAAGAAGGAGGUGCCGAGGAUUCGAACUCGGUCCACAUGGGCCCCCUGGCUCUCGUCGUUGACAGAAACCCGCGCAGCGAUCGCGAUAUCAAAGAGGAGAUUCGACGGCUUGAGGCUGAGCGCCGAGCAUUGAGGCGAGAACGCAAAUAUGAACGUGACGAUCGCACGGAAAUCGUCAAGGUGGAGCGUGUACGCGAGAGAUCUCCAUCACCUCGCAACGAAGUCAUCAUUGAACGGCGAGGUGAUGAGAUCCUUGAAGUCAAGAAGGACCGGAGAGGUAGGAUGUCGCUUGUGGCCAAAUGAAGUAACAAUUCCUGAUGGCGUAUUUAAGCAGGUCGCUCACGCUCGACGGCGCCAAACCCUGGCAUCAUCAAAGCCAUGAUGGCAACGUUAACCUAACCCUGCUUUUUUUUGGAAGGAACACUUGGGCAUUCGAAGAAUUCUCGUGGGGGAGACGAGGGAUAUGCUUGGUAUACUUGCGCAAUCUGGAGUCAAGUUAUGAGCAAGCAGCCGACUUCGGUCAAUGCAACAUAUGGUCAUUACGAGCAACAUUGCAUGCAGCCACCGCCAGGAUCCUGCGAUAGUCUGGUAAUGCUGGACACGAGUAAUGAAUCGAUGACUAGGAAAGAUGGAACAGUUCUACCUGAUCAGAAACGAGUUUCUUUGUGAUAUAGCGGAGGAGUUCUCGAAUUCAACUUUCGCCUUCUUUGGGUAGAUUCAAUUUAUAAUUCAUCGUAGCAAGUACAAUGCAACGAGAAGUGACCUUAA